CCGCACGGGCAGCUUUCAUUGUUGCACACCGACAUCCACAUGACAGCAGUCAGCGUGUGUCCUUUUGAGGGUCCAUGACUAGUGACUUCUCAGUGAACCAACACAAAUACAGCCGACAUGACAUGAAGCUGUAAGUCUGUGUGACGCAGCAGGUGAUGAGGAUGAGGAGGAUGUUCCUGCGCUCGUGUUCUCUGGCAGUCAGCUGCUUCAGGAAUCCUGCGUUCUCCACCAGAGCCUUCAGCUCCAGCCGCAGCGCUGGGAAAGAUGUGUCAGGAGAGAGCGCUCUGGAUCUGGACGCCUGGAAGACGGUGAUGAGGGCCCAAGCGCUGCGGGAGGAGAGCGAGAGAGAAAGUCCUAGUCGCUCAGCGCUGGAUGAUAACCGCGAGCUGGUGGAGAUGUGGCAUCAGGCGGGCAAGUUCGUUCCCAAGAACAUCACGGACGAGCAGCUGCAGGAUCUCGCUCGGCUCGCGACCAGAUCCGCCAAGAAGAAAUACCUGAAGUUCCUGGCCAUUAAAGAGUCACACAAGAUCUCCAAGAAGGAGAAGCAGGAGAGGAAGAGAUCCGAGAGGGAAGCCGAAACUGUGACGUUUAAAGAGGACGUGAAGGAAGAAGAAGGUGAACCGAGGAACACUUUCCUCCUGCGGUUCUGGAGCAGCUCCUCGGAUCGAGUGCAGAGCUGGAGAGCGGCACAGGCCAUGCGCUUCGGUCAGCCGCUGGUGUACGAUAUGAGCUACGAGCAUCUCAUGAGCCGGCGGGAGAUGGAGAACACCGUCACGCAGCUGAUGGAGAGCGAGGGCUGGAACCGGCGUGCCGCGGACCCCUUCCACCUGCACUUCUGCGGCCUGCAGCCGGACGGAGCAUAUCUGCACGAGCUGCGCAGACGCUACGGAUCGCAUACAUGGGAUCGACUGCUGAUCACAGCCACCGAGAGAACGCACCUGGAGAUGUUUCCUCAGAAGGAUCUGGUGUAUCUGACGGCCGAUUCCAAGCAGGUUCUGCAGGAGUUUGAUCACAGUAAGGUGUACAUCAUCGGUGCGAUGGUGGACCGCUCCAUUCACUCCGGCGUGUCUCUGGCCAACGCCAAACGCCUGCGACUGACCACAGCACGCCUGCCGCUGGACGAGCAUCUGGACUGGGAGUGUGGAGCCAAGAACCUGACCCUGGACCAGAUGAUGCGGAUCCUGAUCACGCUGAAGCACACGGGCUGCUGGAAGAAAGCGCUGGAGUUCGUGCCCAAGAGGAAACACGCCGGCUUCACGGGAGUCACAAAGAGUCGCUUCGUUGGGAACGAUUCUUCAGAGAUUCGCUUCGCCGCUGGAGAUCAGAGCAAGCUGAAGAACAGAACAGAUGGACAGAAAAAACCAGCAGGAAGAGCCAAACACUGGGAGGAUCGGGAUUAAUACUGACUUCACCUUUACUGACACUUUCUGUGAUCCUCGUUACUCUCAACAAUAAAAUCAUGAUUUCUGAUUCCUCUUACAACAAUCUGUUCUUUCAUAUGGACUUGAGUACGAAAUUAUUUAUGUACAUAGUAUAAUUAUUAAAGUAAAAUCUAAAGAUUUCUUUCAUAUAUUUAUGUUUUAGAACCAUUGCUUUUCAUUAUUAUGACAAUUAGUCACAUUUUCAUCCUCACUUUUAAGAAAUAUUUUCAUAAUGAAAAAAAAGCAGCAAUAUGGUAAUAUUUCACCCCAAAAUCCAAGACAAAAAUAAGAAAUUAUAUUUUGGAUUCAAGCAAUAAAGCAUGUUGUAGGACCA